UGGUGGUGGUUUGCAGCAGUAAGAGAUAUAGAGUGACGAAGGUAACUCUAUCCAUGUAAAAAAAAAAAAAAAAAAAAGAAAACCUGACGUAAAACAAACCGUCAUUAAUUAUUGUUCAGUUGUGUUCAGUGACAACAUUUUCUCUUGUCGUCAACGACAGAAGCCGUAUAAAUAUAAAUAUAUAUUGGAGUGUGUUCGUGUUUGCUGAAUAUUAUGGUAUUGAAGCGCCAAGUGGAUAACUUAUUCACUGGGAACAUGGCCAGCGAGCAGCCGACACUGGCCAACUUCCACCUGUUUGAAGGGGACUUUGCAGUGGUUGGUGUCAAUGAAUUCCGAAAAGAAUGGAGACAAAUAGCCAAAGGUAACAUGAGGCACAACACAUUCCUGGAGGGAAUGUUACUGAAAAGUGUCGAAGCGCGACCACUAUUUCCUUACAUAGACUAUGCAGUUCUUGAUUGCCCAGACCAACCUGUCGACUUGAACAACUAUUUCCCAAACUAUGAAAUCGUAGGCGGACAACGAAGAGUUAUUGAACCUGUAAAAACAUCCAAUGGAAUAAGAGCAGAUCCUUACUGUCAGGUUGAUUGCGUUGGCCGACAUGGCGUUGCUGAUCUUCCUAAACGACCCAUGAACACUUCAACAACUUAUUUCUUCUCGGCUUUCCAAACAGAAGGCAACCUUUCAACUCUGGAGAGGACAUGGCGCAGCUGGAGUGGUGCGGAUUAUCUGCUGUGGAAAUGUCCCGAUGAGUUGAAACUCAACCGUAUCACAUUAUACAAGAAAGUACACCAGGACACAAAAUUUACGUUCCUUGUUCUGUGCGAGUGCAGUGAAGGACUGUCACACAUACAUAAGGCAAAGGACUUCUUAGAGAGACUAAAAGAGAGGCGGUGUGGCUAUGUCAGUCUAUAUCGAGUAGAUCGGUUCUACUGAUUCAUCGGUGCCAGGGGUGGGGGUAGGGGGGUGAAAGAAAAGAAUUUGUAAGACGGACAACAUGCAUAUACUACCUUGAACUUUGCUCAGUUGUGCAAUUUCUGUUGAGUAUAAUGCACCAUAAUUCCACACACAAAUACAUGCACAUCUGUGCACACACACAUAUUUACAUAUUCAAAUGUUACUUUCUUCAAUGAAUGUGGAACAGAGUAUUUAGUACCUGCUGUAAAGUAUACGCUUUUUUUCAGAUGAAACCUCUAUGUUACAACUCAAGUUUCAUACUACUGCAAUCAUUACAGAAGAACUAGUUUUACACCAACUGACCAGUUCUCACCUGAUGAUUGCUGUAGCAUGAAACUCAAUUUGCAGAAAAGGAACUCAGUCUAAAUAAACUAUAUAUUUACAUGUAUAUUAAAUGUGUGAAUGUGUGUACAUACUUAUGUAUCCCCCCCACACACACACACAUUUGUGAAUUCAUAUAUGCAUAUGUGUACAAAUGUAUAGGUAUUGAUAUGUGUGUGAGUUUGGUAACUAAAGCAUCAUUUUCCUCAGACAUUUUUUCACCCACACAGCUUGUGUUGUAGGGGAGAUAAGUUGUUUCUUUCCAUGUGUUUUCAUAUAUAUGUAUAUAUAUUUAUACCACACACACAGACUACAUAUAUACACACACGCACACACACACACUCACACAUGAUGACAUAUGCACAGAUUUCAUAUUUUCUCCCUAAUAACAAACAUGUAUCAAGGACUAUUAUGUAUUUCACCCAAAAAUACAUAAACAUUAUUCCAUGUGUGUGUAUAUAUGUCUGUGUGUGUGUGUAUAUAUAUAUCUGUGUGUAUGUGUGUGUAUGUAUACAUAUAUAUAUAUAUAUAUUUAUAUAUAUAUAUAUAUAUAUAUAUAGAACAGGAACCUCAAUCCUCAAACAAAGAUGUCCAUUAUGAGUUUAACAUGUAGAGUUUAACAUGUACAAACACACACAUAUUUUUC